AUGGCAAGCGAGACGAGAUGCACACCGCUCAGCACGCCAGGCGCAAGGCAACACCGUCCUGACGCUGCCCGACCGACGAUGCGCUGCCGCUCCGGCCGAAGCCUCGCGAGGGCUCGACGACUGCAGGCCGCCAGCCACGCGGCACCGCGGCGAUGCGCCACCACACAGCACCCGCCCACGGACGCAGGCGGCAGAGGGAGGAGGCGGAGGAGCCUGAAGCUUCCGUCCGAGGCCCGCUUCAGCGAGAUAGGGGUCCAGCACCUCUCCCGCCACGUCCACGCCCAGGUCUUCCCCGGCAAAGGCACGCAGCCACCGCGGGCGCUGGUGGCCCUCUCGCGCGACCACCUCGCCCGCCACGACCUGCUCGGCAAGAACCAAGACUCGACCCCGCCCGUGGCCUUCGACCUGCCGGCGCUGCACGGCGCCACCCUCGACGAGCACUUCCACCGCCUGGGCAUGGACGCCGCCGAGCCCUACCUGGGCAUGGCGAAGAAGCUGGCCUGGGCCAACCCCCCACCCAAGCCGCGCAGCUGGGUCCGGCGCAGCGGGUGGACCAGGUACAGCAGCGAUGGAUCCACAGAGGCCGUCGACGUGCCGCGCGAGUCCAUGCUGACCCUGGACACCGAGGUCAUGUACAAGGAGACUUCGUUCGCCUGCAUGGCCUGCGCCGUGAGCCCGACGGCCUGGUAUGCCUGGAUCUCGCCCUGGCUGCUGGCCGAGUCCGAGUCGGACCGCCAUCUGAUCCCCCUGGGCGACCCAACCGUACCGCGCAUCAUCGUAGGACACAACAUUGGCUACGACCGCGCCCGAGUCGCGGAAGAGUACGACAUCCGACAGUCCAAGAACUGCUUCAUCGACACCAUGUCCCUGCACGUGGCCUCCAACGGCAUGUGCUCGCGCCAACGGCCCUCCUGGAUGAAGCACAAGAAGAGCCGCGACCUGCGAGACAAGAUCGCCACCUCCGAGCACAACGCAGAGCUUUCCACCCUGCUCAACUCGGGCGCCAUCCCCGACGAAGAGGAGGAGCUGUGGAUGGGACGCAGCGCCGUCAACUCGCUGCGCGAUGUGGCCAAGUUCCACUGCAACAUCGCCAUCGACAAAGCACAACGCGAGUACUUUGGCCAACUCGACAGGGCCGGCAUCUGCGCAAGGCUCGACGAGCUGCUGGAUUACUGCGCUGCCGAUGUGGACAUCACCCACCGUGUCUACCAAAAGGUCUUUCCUCUGUUCAUCGAGACGUGUCCGCAUCCAGUCAGCUUCGCCGCUCUGCGCUUCAUGGCAGCCGAGAUCUUGCCUGUCAACGAGACCUGGGACGUCUACAUCCACAAUGCCGAAGCAACCUACCAGAGGCUCAACACCGCUGUGCGGGAACGCCUGGUCGCUCUCGCGGACAAGGCUCUUCAAGUCAAGGACCAACCGGAUGUGUACAACAACGACCCUUGGCUAAGCCAGCUGGACUGGUCUGGCCAGGAGAUCAAAAUGGUAAAGGGAAAGAAAAAGGGCGAUCCGCCGAGACCCGCCGCAAGACAAAAGAAGCCAGGCAUGCCGAAGUGGUACAAAGACCUGUUCGCCAAGAGCGAUGCGCCCAUGACUUUGACGAUACGGACGCGAGUGGCUCCGAUCCUGCUGAGGCUGUCGUGGGAAGGCAGCCCACUGGUCUGGUCUGACGUGUACGGAUGGACCUAUCAAGUACCCAUGGACGAGGUCUUUGCGUACAGCGAGAAAGGCAUCAGGGAACUGGACAUGAUGGAAGAAGAGAAUCUCAAGUUGCGCGACGACAGACAGCAUGUCUACUACAAGAUCCCACACAAAGACGGGCCACAGGCUCGCUGCACAAAUCCUCUCGCAAAAGGCUAUCUCCAGUAUUUCGAAAAGGGAAAACUGACGUCCGCCUACGAAUACGCCAAGGAAGCUCUGGAGAUGAACGCCUCGUGCUCGUAUUGGAUCAGCGCAAGAGACAGAAUCAUGUCGCAGAUGGCUGUCUACAGCAACGAAGUACCCAACACACCGAAGCUCACAUCGUCAUCCGGCAAGGGGAAAGGGCACAGAGUCGGCUUCAUCCUACCUCAACUCAUCCCCAUGGGCACCAUCACACGGAGAGCGGUCGAAAAUACUUGGCUCACUGCCAGCAACGCCAAGAAGAACCGCGUAGGCUCGGAGCUAAAGUCCAUGGUCCGCGCCCCAGAAGGCUACUGUUUCGUCGGCGCCGAUGUCGACUCGGAAGAACUCUGGAUUGCCAGUCUGGUCGGCGAUGCCACUUUCCAGCUCCACGGCGGCAACGCUGUUGGCUUCAUGACGCUCGAAGGCACCAAGGCUGCUGGCACAGAUCUGCACUCGCGCACCGCCGGCAUCCUCGGCAUAUCCCGCAAUGACGCCAAGGUCUUCAACUACGGCCGCAUCUACGGUGCUGGGCUGAAGUUCGCAGCGACCCUGCUCCGCCAGUUCAACCCCGGGCUCACCGACGCGCAGACGAGCAACACAGCAAACGACCUUUACCAGAACACCAAGGGCAAGAAGACAACAAGAAAGCAGCUGCAUGAGCGGCCCUUCUGGAGAGGCGGGACAGAGAGUUUUGUGUUCAACAAGCUCGAGGACUUUGCUGAGCAAGAACGACCCCGUACCCCCGUUCUCGGCGCUGCCAUCACCGAAGCACUGCAGCGCCGAUACCUCACCAAAGGCGGCUUCAUGACGAGCCGCAUCAACUGGGCAAUCCAGUCCAGUGGCGUUGAUUACCUGCACUUGCUCAUCAUCGGCAUGGAGUAUCUCGCGCGACGCUACAACAUCGACGCCCGUCUCGCCAUCACAGUGCACGACGAGAUCCGCUAUCUGGUCAAGGAGAAGGACAAGUACCGCGCAGCCUUGGCCAUGCAGGUCGCUAACGUCUGGACGCGCGCCAUGUUCGCGCAGCAGAUGGGAAUCAACGAGCUCCCACAGUCGUGUGCGUACUUCUCCGCCAUAGACAUCGACCACGUUCUGCGAAAAGAAGUGGACAUGGACUGUAUCACCCCCUCGCACAGUACGCCGAUCCCCCACGGCGAAAGUCUCGACAUCAUGGCUCUACUCGACAAAGGUGCCGACGCGAAGCUCGACCCGAAGAUCGUCCCCACGGACCCUCCUCAGCCAGAAUUGUACCCAUACACGCCCCGCAUUCCCGUCAUGGCGGCUCUCGGUGGCGCCAACCCCACAAGCCCGGAAAAUCUGGCGUACCUGAAAGCCCAAAUCUCAUCAGACGACAAAGAGCUCCGGGAUGUGCUGAAGCUCGUGCGCCCUUCGUCAUCACAUACGCGCAAAUCGCACUCCCACACAGAAGACAAGGGCCUCGACGCCGCCAACGACGACGAAGAGACUGCGCAGAGCGUCCAGCACUACCAGCAGAUGGCGCAGCUCCUCCCUGUCGACGACCUGUGGCGCGAGGUCUACAAGAAAGCAGACAAGGCUGGCAAGGGCGGGAAGGCGCCCAGGAAGGGCGCUGCAGGGAGCGGGCCCGGGCUGUAUGGGCAGUGGAAUGUACAUCCACGCAGCACAGAGCCAAAGGUGCGUGCUGCAGAGUAA